AAGUGUGCUAUAAAAUGUGGUGGCUGCUCCUCCUAUCCUCCGUGGCUGGUCUCCGUACCUUGGAGCCACCUGCCCCCCCACCUGUCUCCCGCAACCAGGUGGUGGAGGGCUGGUUGCCCGUCAGGCUCAACCAUUUUGAUGCUUCUAAUACGGAGACUUUUCAGAUGCGCUACUUCUACAACCCUGACCUCAAGAAUGCCACCUCAGGAACGCACAUAGUGAUCUUCGUGGGCGGCGAGUGGGCCAUCUCUGCAGGCUGGGUGCAGGCCGGCUUGCCUUACGACCUGGCCUCGGAGAUUGGAGCUGGCCUGUUCUACACGGAGCAUAGAUAUUAUGGCCUGACGAGGCCUUCUACGGAUACCAGUGUGGAGGAUCUUCGUUACCUGAAUGUCGACCAGGCGAUAGGCGACCUCGUGCAGUUCAUACAACAUGUCAAGAGUGAUGACUUCGAAGAUGGAUACUACAGAAACGCAACAGUCUCUCUAGUGGGCUGCUCCUACGCCGGCUCCAUGGCGACGUGGGCUCGUCUGGGCUAUCCGCACCUCGUGACUGCCGCCUUCUCUGACAGCGGACCGCUGAGGGCUCAGGAGGACUUCCCAGAAUACCUCGAAGUGAUAACCGAGGCUCUGCGCACGCAGGGGGGCCAGGCAUGUGUGGACGCGGUGGGGGAGGCGGUAGACAUGAUGCUGGAGCUGAUCACCACGACGGCUGGGGUGCAGAGGGUGUCGGAGUUGUUCAACACCUGUUCGCUCCUGCAAUCCUCGUCCCCGCUCGACGUGGCCACGUUCUUCUGGUUCGGGAUAACAGAGACCUUCGCUUACCUCGUGCAGUACGCGACGCCAGGGAACAUACCCGCAGCGUGUAGCAUCAUUACCGGGAGUCAGGGAGACCCAGUCGAGCGUCUGUCGACUUGGAUAACCUCCCAGCCCUGGACUCAGCCUUGCAUCGAGACCCGGUACCAGGAGGUGCUUGCCGGUCACACCAACACCAGCUAUGAUGCUCCUGAUGCUGUCAUGCGCCUGUGGACCUACCAGACCUGCGUGGAGUACGGCUGGUACCAGACCACCACCAGCUCGGACCAGCCGUUCCGUGAUACUGUCCCGUUGGAGUACUUCCACCAGAUGUGCAGGGACUUCUUCGGAGAGAUGUUCACGCCCACCUUCCUCCGCGCGGGUAUAUCGCGCACCAACCUGCUGUGGGGGUCGCAGCUGCCCGACCGCGUGGUGUCGGUCGCGGGCGGCGCGGACCCCUGGUCGCCCGUCGGGCCGAACGCGUCCGACGCGCACCAACACGCGCCCGUGUAUGUCGUGGACGGCGUGUCACACUGUAGAGCUGUGAGUUCUCUCGGUAACAGCGAGACGGAAGAACUGGAGAAGACCAAACAGGCCGUAGUAGACCACAUGGUCUACUGGACUACCGGCAGAAGUCUACCUUCAGGAGCUGGUGGACUCACCGCAUCAGUGCUGUUAUUAGCUAUCGCGCUGUUGGUGCAGUAGACUUGACGGCGGUGCUGCUGUGGCCCCGCAUGGGCAUAGGUGUGACAAAACAAAGUGAUGAUAAUUUAGGGUGUGUAUGUGUGUAG